AUGCUUACCGCUUUCGCAGUUGUCGCCAGCGCCGCUUGCGCCCUUGCCCUCCCGGUCCUCGAGUCGCGCCAGACCGAUCACAGCAAUAUCGACCUUUCCAGGUACUCCAAGGUCGGCUUUGUGUACCCCAGACCCCGAGGAUGGGUCAACGAGACUGAUCAAGUCGCGCCCUGCGGUGGUCUUCAAAUCAAUAAUCGCACGUCCUUCCCUCUCACUGGGGGACAGUUCUCUCUGCUCCUCGCCGACGAGGCUUACACCGUCCAAUUCUCCUACUCCACCUCCAGCAACCCCACCUCCGACAGCGAUUUCCGACCUUUCAUGCAAUCCCUAACUGGUGGUGACCAAGUUGGCCACACCUGCUUCAACGCUGCCAGCUUCGCCGACUUGGGUGUAACCGCUGGUCAGGAUGUUACCGUUCAGAUCAGGUACAGUGGUGGUGGCCGCGACCUCACGCCUUACUACCAGUGCGCCGACCUCAGUGUUGUUUCCACUGAAGACUACGUAAAAGCCAACUACACCUGCGUGAACGCCCUCGCCUCCCUUGACGACUUCACCUCCGGUGCGGCCACAGGCCACUCCACGGCCACCUCAAGUGAUUCAGGCCUUUCGUCCGCUGAGGCUGGUGGUAUCGGUGCUGGUGUAACCCUCGGUGUCGUUGGGGUCGUUCUUGUCGCUCUGUACUUCCUUGGUCUCCUCGCCUUUGGCAGGAAGAAGAAGGCUGCUGCCCCGGUCACCGCCCCUCGCGCGAAGCACGACGACGAGAGCUCCAAGGCUUCCGUCACUGAGGCCAAGUUUUGA